GGGGGCGGGGAGACGCGGCGGGGACGCGCAGCGCGGUGGUUGAACGGCCGACCGGGAGAUGUGGGCUCCGAGCGGCCCGGGACCCGCGGGCUGGGACCGCCGCAGGGUGGGAGCGCGGCUGCGGGCGGCACUAGCCGGGUUGCAGGAGCUUCAGGGACUGCGCGCCACGCAGCAGGCGCGCGUGCGGGGCGCCCUGGGCCUGCACCCUGCGCCCGGGCCCCGCGGCCAGGAGCUGCGGCUGGAGGCGGCGCUGGCGGCGCUGCGGGAGCAGCUGUCACGGUUGAGGCGGCAGGAUGCAGGCCUGAAGACUCACCUGGACCAGCUGGACCAGCAGAUAAGUGAACUGCAGCUGGAUGUGAGCAGAUCAUCCUGCGAGGCCCUGGACAGUGACAGCAGGCCCAGCUCAGGCUUCUACGAGCUGAGUGACGCUGGGUCCUGCUCCCUGUCCACCUCAUGUGCAUCUGUUUGCAGUGACCGCCUGUCCCCCUCACUGGGCAGCUGGCUGCCUGUGUUCCAUCCCUCUAAGUCCAGGUCUGGCAUGGGCGACUGGCGACCCCGCUCUGCGGAUGAGACCACUGUCCCUGCAUGGAGCCCACAGCCCAGUGGAGAAGAUAACAGGUUCCCGCAUGGUGCAGAGGACACAGGCCGACCGAGGGGCAUGUUCCGGCCUAGACCGGUGUCUACAGGUGAUCUUGAGAGAGUCCUCCCAGAUGACCUGGGGCUUCAGAGAGCUGGUGCUGAUGCUGCACCCCCAUCCCUCCUCUGCCAGGGGAUAGAAAUCCCAGCCCACACACUGGACCCCAAGUACCAGCGUGAUCUGGUGGCCAGGGGUGGCCAGGAGGUAUACCCGUAUCCUAGCCCCCUCCAUGCAGUGGCUCUCCAGAGCCCGCUCUUUGCUCUGCCUAAGGAAGCGCCACAUCUUGACAUCCGCUCACCUUUCCCGGAUCCUCCUCUGGUCCCUGUUGAUCAGAACAGAACUCAGGCUGGGCCGAUCCGUGAGCUGGGCUCGGCCGAAGCCUACAUCCACAGGCUGUUGCGUCUGCGGGGCCAAGAGCUCCCUCUGAGGGAUGAGCUGCAGGAGCAGGGAGGGGACAUGGCUCCUUUCCCACGGAAGCCAUGUGGCCAGAGGUCAGACAGUGGAGGUCAGCUCGAGAAGCUGGCCUACGGAAUGGACAGGGGAGGAAUGAAACCAAGUAGGGAUGCUACCAAGGACAGCCUCAAGCAACAGGGGCCUGUGUCCCUUGUGGAUACUGAGCCCCUCAGCAGCCCCCUGCAGGAGGAAAGCACCUGUUGGAAUCCCCGUGUCCACGGAGACAAUUCUGUAGGUUUCUCUCUCUGCUCCCAGGCCCAGCAGCCCUGCAGUGACUAUGGCCAAGGACAAGCCCUGUCACCGUCCAGGGUACUGGGCCCUGAGAGCCCCCCUCUGGACCCAGGGCCCUUUGCUUACUCUUCUUACACCACUGGUGAAACCUCCCCAAUGAGGCUGAGGAUGGGAUCUCCCCAAAGCAAGGCGGUGAAGGUCAGAAGAAGAAUCAGUAAUAAAGUGCCCAGGCUGGGGAAGCAGCUUCCACCACAACCCGAGAGACAGCAGGGCACCCAUGCCGCUGCCUUGACUCCAGAAUGGGGCCCCUCAUGCAGGCCCCAGCAGGGAGGGCUCAGCAGGGGCCCCACACUGGCCAGAGAGCCUCCUGGACGCUCCUGCUCUGAGUCCACCCUAUACCCUGUGCCCUUCUUUGUCCCCCUAGUGGUGGCCCAGCAGGAAAGUUACCCAGCAUCCCAAGUUCUGUUCCCAAUGGAGGCAUCCCCCCUCGGCUCAGCAACCAGGAGGAAGCAGCGCAGGUGGCAGUCUACUACAGAGAUCUCAGCCAAAGCCCGCUCGGUCAGCCAUCCUGGGCCCAGCUUGGGGCUCCUUAAGUCUCCAGCCAGGAGAGUAGGUGGUCCCCAGGUCCAGAGCAGGCCUGCACUUGCCCGUCAGGAUGCCUGUGUGAGGAGCGAGUCCGACCCCUCGGAGCACUCGGCAGAGUGUGCCUCGCUGUUCCACUCCACCAUUGCCGAAACCAGCGAGGAUGAGGAGGCCAGUGACCAUACUGCCAACCGCUUCGGGGACGAGUCUAGUAGCAACGAUUCGGAAAGCUGUGUCCAGAAUAGCCGCAGUGGCCUGGGGAGGUGCAAUGCGCAGGUUGGGCAUGGGGAGCGGGCGUGGCCUCGGGUGCCGCCCGAGCAGUCCCCACGGGUCCCCGGAAGCUCCAGGCCACCGCUUCCCCCUGUGCCCAAACUGUGCCGCAUCAAGGCUUCCAAAGCCCUGAAGAAGAAGAUCCGGAGGUUCCAGCCAGCAGCCCUGAAGGUCAUGACCAUGGUGUGAUGCCAGUGUUUUAAGCCUAAGACCCCAGAGCGCACAAGGCCCUCCUUCCACACCAUUUGAUGAGCAGACUGAGGGUACCACACUGUCGGCUUGCUUAGGUUUCUCGGUCACCCUCACUGUGGUUCUCUCAGGUGCGGUUCCAUCCAGCCGUUUUGAUUGCAUGAUCCCAGCUGCAGCUUUGCCCUCCAUCACGCUCUGGCUGGUGUGUGGGGAGAGGUCUCUAAGAAGGCAUUCCUGCCCAGAGACGGCUUAGGUGCGUCACAUCCUCUUCAGGGGACCAGAUUUGAAUUCAGCUCCACACUACACUCAUCAUAAAUGCCUGCACGAUGCUGAUGUACCAAAUAAAAGAACCACAUUCCCCUUCUGCAGCCGCUGCCCUGUCUGUCUGCCUUCCUAACAUGGGAUGUGCGCUGACCCGAGGGAGGAAAGACUUUUUGAGAUUAAAGCCUAAAUUCUGGAUUCAACACAGGUGAAUUGAGCAGGAAAAAAAAUUUGGAAAAAGUGAUUUUUUUUCACUUUUUUGUCUUUUGUUAAAGUCUACUUUCGAAGGAUGAGGUUUUCAUCUCAGCUGUUCAGAGCCCCAUCGUGAUGAGGCAGCCUUCUGGGUCCAACACGUUGCCCUGGAGGGGAUAUGGGGUGCAUCUCACGGGGUGCAUGCUUCGCAGAAGCCUUGAAAACAAGGAGACAGAAAGGCGGUCUGAAAAUACUGGGGCAACAAAGUGUCACACUUGAGCUAAAUUUUUCUAUCUUAAGAGCUGUGUACAGGGCAAAAGGUGAAGAGACUUAAUUGAUUAAAGUUUAGAACAAAGACAUCGGCCUCCCUCGAAAGGGGGAGGGGGAGAAUGGGAAUGAAUGCUUGGGGGUUUCGAAGUGAAAGAAAGCAAAGGGCUUUUGGUGCCACCCACUCCAACCUGCAAAUAUUUCGAAGGGGCCAUGAGAACAGUCUCUGAAAAGCAAACAUUCCAGUAUCUGCCUUGACUUCCUGCCUGCACCUCCUGGGAUUGCUCAGGCCAAGGCUUCUGUCUCCCUUCUAAUAUCAUGGAGUUUAAAGGAACAUUAAAAGCCAGUCAUGACCCGGGGUUUUAUUGUGAAAGGUAGUUUUCCCAUCGCUAUAACAAAAUGCCUGGUAAAUUUAAGGAAGGAAGGUGUGUUUUGGCUCACAGCCUCGAGAGGGUCCGAUCGAUCACACAGAGAAGGAGCGGUAUGAGAAGGCAGUGCAGUUCAUAUUGUGGUAGCCCAGGAAGCAGAGAAUGUGAUGGGAUGUGGCCGCAGAUGAUGUAUCCCCAAGGACCAGCCUCCAGUGACUCAACUUCUCCAUCCAGGACUUGCCUACAAAAGUUUUCAGUUUCCCCAAAUAUCACCACCAGCAGGGGAUCAAGUAUGAGGAACAUUUCAGAUUCGCACCAUAGCCUUCUGCCCGGGGCCCUGAAGUCUUCUCACAAAGUACAUCGUGUCCACUUCCAAAGAGUCCCCACAGCCUUAAUGGUUCCAGUGUCGUUCAAAUGUCCAGAGAUUCAUGGCAAUCUCUUAGCUGUGAGUCCCACAAAAAUUAGAUUUGUAUGCUUCUAAUACACAGUACAUAGCACUGGCCGUGUGGCUAACGUGAUCUGAUUCAUUGCCUCAUUCCUGAGGUGAGGGGAAGCAGAUUUUUGGCAGAACUUUCACCUAUGAGAGCUACCCAAACCUGCAUCCCUGCUGCUUUUUCUGGAGAUGGCAUAAACUCCAUGCUUUUGCUGGACAUAGCCUCUGUCUGAAGCUAUGCAGUUGGGGCUCAAGUGUACCCCCAUGAAAUAGAUGCACUUGGGCCCAUCUACACAGCUGUACAAGCAAAUCAGGAAAGCCAUACAGCUACACAAUCUGCUCUCAGCUCUCUCUGUGCCCCAGCUCUGUGUGUGUGUGUGUGUGUGUGUGUGUGUGUGUGUGUGUGUGUGUAUGUGUAGAUGGACAUUUCUGUCCCACCAGGCAGGUCUGCAGCUGUUUGGUCCCGAAGAAACACACAGAGACUUAUUAUAAAUUGUUUGGUCUAUUAGCUCAGGCUUAUUAUUAACUAGCUCUUACAACUUAAAUUAACCCAUAGUUUUUGUACAUGUUUAGCCACGUGGCUUGGUGCAUUUUCUCAGUAAGGCAUUCUCAUCUUGCUGCCUCUGCAUCUGGCUGGUGACUCACUCUCUGCCUCUUCUCUUCCCAGAAUUCUCUUGGUCUGGUUGCCAUGCCUAUACUUCCUGCCUGGCUACUGACCAUUCAGCAUUUUAUUUAACUAAUAUGAGUGACAAAUUUUACAAUGUACAAGAGCAUUAUCCCACCGCAUGUGUGUGUGUCCAUCCCCUUUUCUCUCUCU